AUGGAAAAGAUGGAAAAGAUGGAAAAGAUAAAAGAAGUAAAAGAAAUAAAAGAAACAGACGAGACGGACGAGACGGACGAGAUGACCGAGACGGACGAGAUGAUCGAGAUAAUCGAAAUAAUCGAGAUAAUCGAGAUGACCGUGAUAAUCGAGAUAAUCGUGAUGACCGAGAUGACCGUGAUGACCGUGAUGACCGUGAUAACCGUGAUGACCGAGAUGACCGAGAUGCACGAGAGGGCCGAAAUAACCAAGAUGACCAAGACGAUCAAGAUAAACGGACGAAAUAAAAGCAUCAAAAACACCAAACAAAAAAAAGGCAAGCUUACAGGUACAGCCAUGCUCAUCUUCAUACCGAUACCGAUACCGAUAUCGAUAUCGCAAAAAGAUGAAUCCAACGUAAGCCUCUCGCGGCAAAGCGAUAGAUGA